AUGCUAGACAAGGGAAAAGAGGAUGCAAUUUUGCAGAGUGCCCUCCAAAUAUGCUUGAGGAAGGAGGAGGCGAGUAACGCCAAGGUGUAUCUAGAGUCGUAUGAAAAGGAAUUGAGCCAAACGAGUAAGGAGAAGAAGCCCCCAUAUCUACAGAUUGAUAAUUUAUAUUUUAUCCUCCUGCACAAAAUAGCCUACCUGCAUAAGAACAAGAAGAACUGCCUGACUUACUUGUGUUCCUGUUCGGCGAGGCUGUCUGAUAAAACACUCUUCAAACAUGUGCAGCUGGAGAGUAAGCAGUUGGAAGAUGUAACGAAUGAGAUCAACGACCAAAUUAUAAAUAGUGUAAUUAUUUAUUUGGAGAAUUUAGAUAUGUACCCAGAGGUGAGCAUCCCAGCGAAGGAAAGGGUUAAGACGUUUUAUGAAUUCCUGAAGGAUUCAUGUACCUCUCGUUUUUUAAAAAAAGCUUUAUUGGUGAUUGAAGAAAAUGAUAAGAAUGAAGAGAGACAGGAGGAUAAACAAAUGAAUAAAUUUUUUACUCCCAUUGUGGAUCUGCUUUUUGAAAAUUUGAAUGGAAGAAAUUUGGUGUAUCCAAAAAAUGACGUGGCCGUGUUGUUAAAAUUUCUCUCCAGCUUUAAGCAAAUUGCUGAACUCAUCAUUUAUAAUAAAUCGAUCUUUUUGCAUCUCAACUUGAGAGACAAAAUAAGGGACUGUGCUUUGUCCGGCGUGGACACUGCUGCAGGCGAAAGCGGCAUUUCUGCCACCCAUGGAGGAUUCAACGCAGAGAAACCGUGUAGUAAGGAUAAGGAAAUAAAUUCGUGCGGGUAUAACCUGCAGUUGAACAGUCUCCUGGGGAGAUUAAUAUCCCCCACAGUUAUAACCAUGCCAAAUAUUACUAACAAAGAGGAGAUUGCUAUGUACAAAUAUUUUUAUAAUAGUGCAACGAACUCCCUGAACAAAAUGACGUUGGGGGCUUUGAAGAAUACAUACGUCAUGUUGAGGAGGGACACGGAUUGGAUAUUGGAGAACUGCGUGGAGAUUAUAAAAAAUUUACUUAAAGCAGGUGCGGAGAGUAAGAAGCGAGUCUUGUUGUGGUUGUCUUGCAUUAUCAUUUCGAACGAGAAGAAGACGAAAAUUAUGUACCACUACUCCACAUAUCCACAAUCAUUAGACGCAUCUUAUGGGUUGUUUUUAAAAUUGUUAGGAGAGAAUUCCUACGGUUUUUGCCUGAACAUGUUUUGGGUUCUACUAUGUCUUUGUGAACCCAUUACAAUGAACAAGAUCAGCGACUUCGACUUAUUUUUCUUCCUGAGGGAUGAUCCUUUCUCAAAAUUUUUAUUAAAAAAUAUAACAAACCAAUCUUCCUUCGAAGAAAAAUCAAAUGUCGAAAAAAUAAAAGAGAAAGUAAAAAAUGCAGAGUGCUUCAAGAAGGAACCUAAAUUUAUAACCACCAUUUUUUGGAUCACGUUUAAAUCCCUUAGUGUCUUUUUCAAACCAGCCAUUGAUGAGUUUAUCAGGAUAGUACAGAAGGUUCCAAAUGCAGAGGACAAAAAUUUUUACUAUAUGAAUAUACAUACAUGGAAAAUUUUUUUGUACAGCUCUCGUUUUAUUCAACUGUUAUUUAAAUUUUUACACUUGAGCAUUGCCUACUUUUUGCAUGUGGCAUAUUUGUACGACAUGGAAGGGAAUGCUUGCACAGAUAUGAUAAACAGUUUGAGUGAGCACAAUGGAAACUUCACCCACUUGGUGUUGAAGUCUUGUCCUCCUCCCAAUGAAAAGAAUUAUUUCAGGAGGGGUAAAACUUUUGGUAGCCUCUCUCUUUCUGCGAAUGUGCGUGACGGUCAGGUUGAUCAAACUGAGGAAGGUGCAGAAAAGCGAGAUGAAGAAGAGCGAAGCUCGGAAAUUCCCCAAGAAGAGGUGGGGGGUUUGGAUGGAGCGCAGGGUCAAAGGGGGAGUGACAACUUAGAGAGGAGUCCUCAUGAUAGCGAUCAUUUAUUUGCAUCCCCCCAAUUUUCAAUAAUCCCGACUUUUUUCCUAAACGAUAUAUUUGACAUAAUUUAUUUACUGUACGAAUUGGACACUUUUAAAAGUCCAGGGAAUGAAAAUUUCAUGAGUUACCUAAAUGUGGAUCUGUUUCUAGCCUUUUGCAUUUUCACCAUGUUGAGUGAGAACCACAUAAAGAGCAUUCACCUGAGGUGCGAAGCGGCUCCGAAGACAUUCACCUACCUAUACAGAAGUGAUAACAUGAAAAAGAUUAUAGAAGAAUCUGAUUUGACUCGAAAGUAUAUGAUAAAAUCUUUGACUUACGUUUUUAUUGCAUCGCAGAAGGGGGAGUACACAGAGAGGAUGCAAACUAGGGUUCGCAUUGUGGAAAAUUUUAAUAGCUUAUUUUUGAACGAGAUUUACGUGGAUCAGUUUACACAGCUAGUUAUUAAGAACAACAAUUUGUUCGUCCACUUGAUUCACCUACUUUUGAAUGAUGUAAACUUUUUGGUCGAGGAGGUCGUUUCCUACUUGUCCGAGAUUAAACGUAGGGAGGAUAAGAACAGGGAUGACCAGGAGCGUGGGGAGAAUGUGGCUGGUGGUGUGACAAACGGUUCUAGUAGCGUUAGUGGAGGUGUGGGGAGCUCUAAUACAUACGCCAACGCGACACGCAAUAGUAGAGUGCCCACUGCCAGUGCGAACAGUGCCAUGAUGAACCCAUAUGGAGGAAGCGAUUUAGCGGACAAUGCACCGAACAUGAACGAGUCGUAUAACAGUGACAAUAGUGAUAAUGAUGAGGGUGGGGGAGGCAAUGUCGGAACGGACAUAAGGAAUGAAAGUAUGAGGAAUUUAGCAGCGAGGACCAAAAUGAUCAUUACCUACUGUUACAAGUCUUGUAUUUUUUUGAAUCUGCUUUGUAAGAAUUACCCAAACAGUAUAGUCACGUCAAAUACUAUUCUCUCCCAAAUAGUGACCUGUUUGAAUUGUUACUUCGAUUAUUUAGUGGGUCCAAAAUGCUUAAACAUAAAGGUGAAGAACAUGGAGCAGUAUAAUUUUAGGCCUCAGUUAUGGCUAACGAGUAUUGUGGAGUCGUACCUCUUUUUACUGAACUCGGAUAAGGAAAAUGAGGAGCUACUUACAAGGGAAAUUGCCAAUGAAGGGAGGUACUACAAGCCAGAAGUAUUCAACAAGGCCUACUACAUAUGCAAGAGGGAAGGCUUGUUGCGAAAGGAGGACUUGAAUAAAUUUAAAAUUUUUUGUCAACAAAUAAUUGAUAUGAAAGAUGAAGUAGAACUCUUCGACGAUGUGGAUGAUAUGCCUGAUAAAUAUUUGGACCCCAUUUUACAAGACAUUAUGUUAGAUCCUGUUCUGCUACCCACAUCUGGCAUUGUCAUAGAUCGAAAGAAUAUUGAGAGACACCUGAUGAGUGAACCCAAUGAUCCAUUUAACCGAGCGCCCCUCACCAAGGAACAGCUGGUACCCAUGCCAGAACUGAAAGAGGAAAUUCACAAAUUUAUUAACGAAUUGAAGCAGGAGAAGAAGAGGAAGAAGAAAAUGAAACUUUUGGAGUUGGAUGGUCAGAAUGAGUCUGUGGACAAAGAGGGGGGGUUGGGAAAUGAGGAAGACGCACAGGAACCGAAGGGAGAAAUCGACCAGCAGGGCGAAUCACUACGCGCGGGGGAUACAAAGGACAACGAGCAGGAAUGA